UAUACACUAAAAAGGUAGUUAUCACCAUAAAUAAGGUAGGUAGCAAUGCUAUCUUGGUUUAGAAUUGAAAGAACCAAAGGUUGAAACCAACAUUCUUCUUCCACAUCCCACCUUGUCAGCAAUGGCAGAAACAAUCUCUACAACAAAAAGGUAUGCAGUGGUUACAGGGGCAAAUAAAGGAAUAGGAUUUGAAAUAUGUAGGCAGUUAGCUUCUAAGGGAGUCAUGGUGGUGUUGACAGCUAGAGAUGAGAAGAAGGGUAUUGAAGCUCUUGAGAAAGUCAAAAGGGAUAAUGGCCUCUCUGAUCAUGUGGUGUUCUUUCAACUUGAUGUUGUAGACCCAUCUAGUAUUGCUACCCUUGCUGAUUUUAUCAAGUCUAAAUUUGGAAGGCUUGAUAUCUUGGUGAACAAUGCUGGGAUUGGUGGCGUCCACACAGAUUUGGAUGCUUUAAAGUCAUCAGAGGUUGCUGAUGUUGGGCCUGGAGUGCUAAGCAAAUGGAAAGAAGUAAUGACUCAGAGCUACGAGUUGGCUGAAGAAUGCUUGCAAACAAACUACUAUGGCGCAAAAAGGAUGAUUGAAGCACUCAUUCCCCUCCUCCACCUCUCAGAUUCACCAAGGAUUGUAAAUGUCUCUUCUGGCAUGGGGAAGUUAAAGAAUAUACCCAAUGAAUGGGCUAAAGGAGUGUUGAAUGAUGCCGAAACCCUUACAGAAGAGAGAGUAGAUGAGGUACUGAAUGAGUUUCUAAAAGAUUUCAAAGAAGAUUCGUUAGAAACCACAGGAUGGCCUACAAUGUUCUCUGCGUAUACAUUGUCGAAAGCAGCCAUGAACGCAUAUACAAGAAUUCUAGUCAAAAAGUAUCCCACAUUCUGCAUCAACUGUGUCUGCCCCGGUUUUGUUAAAACUGAUAUAAACCACAAUACCGGCAUUUUAAGUACAGAACAAGGUGCUGAAUGUCCUGUGAAGCUUGCCCUGUUGCCUAAAGAUGGGCCUUCUGGCCUCUUCUUUAGUCACAACGAACCAUCAUCUUUUGAGUGAGCACUGUUCAAUUCAAUCUUCCAUAUGAAGAUGAAAGUAAUAUGUAUAGUAUAGAUAUAUAUAUAUAUAUAUAUAUAUCUUGAGUGACUUUUUAUCCAAAAUAUUCCAAUGUGAUUUAUGCAAGUAAUUUUAUGAACAACUUGAGGCAAUUAAACUA